AUGUCGUCCCAAGAAGCUCCCAAGACCUGCAAGGUCAUCACGGCUGAAACUAUCGCCAAGAAGCUGCUGCAAGAGGUCAAGGACACCCUCGCCAAGGUCCAGGACGCCGGCAGCCCUGCCCCGACCCUGGUGGCCUUCCUUGCGAACGACGACCCUGCCGCCGUCAAAUAUGCCGAGUGGUCCAAGAAGACGUGCGAGGAAAAUGGGUUCAACUUUGAGCUCCGCGUCGUCGACAAGGAGACCGUCGAGGAAGAGAUUAUGAAGGCCAACGAGGACGAUGCCGUCGACGGAAUCAUCGUCUACUACCCCAUCUUCCCGGGGAACCCCACCAAGGACAAGUACGUCCAGGAGACGGUUGACCUGUCCAAGGACGUCGAGGGAUUGCGCCACAUCUACCUGCACAACAUGUACUACAACAUCCGAUUCCUGGAUCCUCCCGAGAACAAGAAGAAGUCCAUUCUGCCCUGCACCCCCUUGGCCGUGGUCAAGAUCCUCGAGCAUCUGCAGAUCUACAACCCGAUCCUCGCCUACGGCAACCGGCUGUUUGGCAAGACCAUUACCGUCAUCAACCGGUCCGAGGUCAACGGCCGCCCUCUCGCGGCUCUGCUGGCCAACGAUGGUGCCACGGUCUACUCGGUCGAUAUCACCGGCGUGCAGCUCUUCACCCGAGGGCAGGGAAUCAAGAAGCCCCGCCACCAGGUCGAGGACAAGGAGGGCUGGGGCCUGGAGCAGUGCCUGCCCUUGAGCGACGUCAUCAUUGGAGGAGUGCCCAGCGAAUCCUUCAAGGUGCCGACGGAGCUCAUCAGGGACGGUGCCGUGUGCAUCAACUUUUCCUCUUACAAGAACUUUGACGGAGUUGCCGUCAAGGACAAGGCGUCCAUCUAUGUGCCGUCCGUCGGAAAGGUCACAAUCGCCGUUUUGCUGCGGAACCUUGUUCUAAUUGAACAGCGUCUGGUUGCGAACCGCCCUUCCAAGGAGAGCGCGGAUAAGAACACCAUCCAGGCCCGGACCGAAGCCUUUGCCGACGAUUGA